AUGAUAUGGCCCGGCACCUUAAUGUCAGCAGCCAUGUUUGGCACACUUCACAAAGAGGAGAACAAGCCGGCCAAUGGCUGGACUGUCAGCAGAUGGAAGUUCUUCUACGCCGCCUGGACGAUAGCUUUCGCCUUUUACUUCCUCCCCGGGCUUCUGAUGCCCGCGCUGAGUUACUUCAACGUCGUUACCUGGUUCGCGCCAAAGAACGUUGUCGUUGCCAACUUAUUCGGUGUCGUUUCCGGUUUGGGUUUAUUCCCCCUAACCUUUGACUGGGCACAAGUAGCCUACAUUGGCUCGCCCCUGCUGACGCCAUUUUGGGCUGCUAUGAAUGUGGUUGGCGGACUUGUCAUAGUCAUGUGGAUUGUCGCGCCUAUUGCAUACUACAGCAACUGGUUAUAUUCAUCAUACAUGCCAAUACUCUCGGCGGCAGUUUUUGACAACACCGGCGGAAUAUACGACGUCAGUAAAAUCCUGACGAAAGAUUUCGUCUUCGACAAAGAAGCGUAUAAGAACUACAGCAGAGUGUUUCUUCCAAUUACCUAUGUUCUCAGCUACGGUGUCCAAUUUGCUGGCCUAGCGUCAUUAUUAACGCACACUGCUUGCUGGCAUGGGUCCGACAUUUGGACACAGUGGAAAAGAUCACUACAGGAGGCGAGGGAUGAGCCAAAGGUAGCAUACCAGCCUGUCUCGAGAGGAGUGGACGACACUUCCGGGGGAGCCAAUGACUUGAACAUGCGGAGGCAGCGUUCAAGAGCAGAUUCGAAUCCCACAGUAGAGGGACUCAUGACCCGAGAGGAUAUUCACAAUCGUCUGAUGAAGAAGUACAAGGAUGCUCCAAUGCUUUGGUAUCUUUGUACCUUCGUCACUAUGCUCACCGUGGGCAUAUUCGUGGUGGAGUACUACCCGAUCCACCUGCCUUGGUAUGGUUUGCUGUUGGCUCUUGGAAUAUGUGCGAUCUUGUUCAUUCCCAUCGGCAUCAUCAUGGCCAUCACGAAUCAGCACUGCAGCAUCUAUUUGAUUUGCCAGCUUGUUUGUGGCGCUGUCUUCCCCGGACGACCUGUGGCGAACAUGAUUUUCGUUACAUAUGGAUACAUCUCUUCUGCACAGGGCAUCAAGUUCGCGGCAGACCUCAAGCUGGGUCAUUACAUGAAAAUACCACCAAGGACGCUCUUUUGGGUGCAGAUGGUCGCGACGAUUGUCUCGUCCCUCACGCAGAUCGGAGUGCUCAACUGGAUGUUUGUGAACGUGCCUGGCAUCUGCACACCUGAAGCGAUCAACGGGUUCACGUGCCCCAUCGCUCGAGUCCAUUUCAAUGGUUCAAUACUGUGGGGUGUCGUCGGUCCAGCCGAGUUCUUUGGGCCGAACGCCAUCUACCGACCACUGGUCUGGUGUUUCCUUGUUGGAGCGAUUGCCCCGGUACCUCUGUGGCUCUACUCGAGACACAAGAAGGAGAGCAUCGUCAGAAAGAUCAACUUGCCUGUUUUGCUUGGAUCGCUCGCCUGGAUUCCGCCCGCCACUGGUCUGAACUUCUCCGUUUGGGCCCUCGUGUGUUACCUGUUCAACUACCUGGUCAAGAACCGUGCGCAAGCGUGGUGGGCUAAGUACACCAUGACGCUCAGCGCGGCAUUGGAUUCAGGACUUGCCUUCGGCAUUGUGGUCGUCUUUUUCGGAUUCAUCUACCCCGGAGCAAUGAAGAACUUCAGCUGGUGGGGGACCGAGGUGUACAAACAGGGUUGCGACUGGCAGGCGUGCUCGUACAAGACCGUGCCAGAGGGCACUCAUUUCGGACCAGACACUUGGUGA